UUCUUGCAGGCUGCUGAUGUUGCCAAACCUCUGGAGCGAUUGAGCAACAAACAUCUAAUCUUCCAGAAUAUAGAUUAUGCACUUGACCUGUAUCUGAUAUACGUGUUGACAUUGUCAAUUUUCCCAGGAUUCGUAUUUGAAAAUACUGGUAAACACAAUUUGGGCAACAAAUGGUACCCUCUUGUUCUGAUUGCAAUGUACAAUGUGUUGGAUCUUAUAUCAAGAUACAUUCCCCUUGUUCCAAGUUUGAAAUUGGAGUCUAGGAACGGCCUCCUGAUUGCAGUACUCUCUCGUUUUCUACUCAUUCCUGCAUUCUACUUCACUGCAAAAUACGGUGAUCAAGGAUGGAUGAUCUUUCUCGUUUCUUUCUUGGGACUGACCAAUGGCUAUCUCACUGUCUGUGUUCUUACAAUUGCACCAAGAGGUUACAAGGGGCCUGAAGCAAAUGCGUUGGGAAAUUUGCUUGUGCUAUUCUUAUUAGGUGGCAUAUUUUCAGGGGUUACCCUUGAUUGGCUUUGGCUCAUAGGCAAAAAGAAGGCCUUCUACAGUGCCAAAUCUGCCUGCAGCUGGUAAACAAAGUUGGUCCUCUUUCAU